AUGUCAAAAACGAUGAAGAAAGCUGAGCUGGUGUUCAUCCCUUCACCGGGCGUCGGCCACCUGAGAUCGACGGUGGAGCUGGCAAAGCUCCUCCUCCACCGGGACCACUGCCUCUCCAUCACCGUCCUCGUCAUGCAGCGACCCGUCGACAACAAAGUCAAUCCCUACCUUCACUCACUUGACAAUGACAUCAACAUCAUUCGCCUCCCAAACGUUGAUCCUUCCCCUCCAAAAUCAUCUUCUCGGAUUAGCUCCUUCAAUUCGUUCAUCGAAAGCCACAAACCCAACGUCAGAGAAGCCGUCGCUAAGCUUGUUCAUGCCGAGUCAGCCUCCGAUGACUCACCUCGACUCGCCGCGUUCGUUCUCGACAUGUUCUGCACGAGCAUGAUCGAGGUUGCGAAUGAUUUUGGAGUUCCUAGCUAUGUUUUCUACACCUCGAGUGCCGCUUUUCUGGGCUUGAAAUUUUACGCGCAAGCUCUUUUUGAUGAACAGAAGAAGCUACUCACUGACUUGAAUGACUCGGAAACUGAUUUGGAAGUACCGGGUCUUGUUAACUCAGUUCCAGUCAGAGUUUUGCCGGCCGUGUUGUUAGAUAAAGAUUGGUCUACUGCUUUCUUUGAACAAGCGAGGAGGCUUAGAGGAGUGAAGGGUAUUAUUGUGAAUACAUUCAUGGAGCUGGAAUCGUAUGCGGUCAAGUCUUUCUCUGAAGGUAAGAUGAUCAACGUCCCACCUGUAUAUACUGUCGGACCCGUUUUGAAUCUCAAAGAUGAUGGCAAUGAACAAGGAUCAGGUGGGUCGAUUACAAAAUCAGAGAUCAUGGAAUGGCUUGAUGAUCAACCGCGGUCUUCAGUUGUGUUUCUAUGCUUCGGGAGCACGGGAAGCUUUGAUGAAGAUCAGGUGAAAGAGAUAGCUUCUGCGCUAGAGCACAGUGGGCAUGGAUUCUUGUGGUCUUUACGUCAACCUCCAUCGAAGGGUCAUAUUGGUUACCCUAGUGAUUACACAAAAUUGAAGGACGUGAUACCAGAAGGAUUUCUCGAUCGAACGGCUAAGAUUGGGAAGGUGAUUGGAUGGGCUCCACAAGUGUCGAUCUUGGCCCACGAGGCGAUCGGAGGGUUCGUAUCACAUUGCGGGUGGAAUUCAGUGUUUGAGAGCAUAUGGUUUGGUGUUCCAAAUGCGACGUGGCCUAUGUAUGCUGAUCAACAAUUCAACGCUUUUAAGAUGGUGAUUGAGUUGAGAUUAGCGGUUGAGAUUAAAAUGGACUAUAUAAAGGAGAUUUCUGGGAAUAGUCUAACAAUAGUGAGUGCAGAAGACAUAGAGAAAGGAAUAAAGAAAUUAAUGAAAGGUGAUGGUGAGAUAAAGAAAAGGAUGGUGGAGAUGAGUGAAAAGAGUAGAAAGGCUUUGAUGGAGGGUGGAUCUUCGUUCUCUUCAUUGGGUUGCUUCAUUGAUGAUGUUAUGGAGAACAUAGGAUCAAAGGUACCAAAUUAAUGUUAAUGUAUAAUUCAGUUUAUUGUUAUAAUUUUAGUAGUGAUAUGGAAAUGAGAACUAAAUAAAGUAAAUAACAAGGACCAAAGUGAGAAAAUUAAGAGAUGUGAUUGAUAUUGCUUAGUUUCUCAAAACUUUUUAUGGUUAGAAGACGAGUGAUGUUAGGUCACAAUCCAAUCUUACAAUCUUCUCUCAUAAUCUUCGACACGCUAGCUCAUCAUUGGUUAGUUCGUAAAUGGACAGACGAACCCAUACAAGUAGGUGGGACCUAUUUUGCAAGCUAACCAAUGACAAACUGUCAUGUCAAAUGUUGUAAGAUUGGGUUGUAGAUCUAGUAUUACUCAUUAUCUUCGCCACUAGAUUAGUGGUGGAGAUUCACUAUUUACAAUAUUUAUUAAAAUAUCCUAUGAUUUAGAUUAUAAAUUUAUAUUUUUACAAUGAAA